ACCCCUAAACUUCUGGUAUAUAUAAAUUGGGCGUGUGUGGAUUUUGGAACUUCAAUAUCUGCCCCCAAAUUUUCUGGUGACGGAGUUUGGAACUUGGUUGGUAAAAACCUCUCUACCCCUCGAGAGGAGAGUAGUCAGUCCCCACCAACACCCAUCACCAUUGCCGUUGCCACCAAAAACCAACCUUUUCUGUCACUCCUAGUGCUCGUCCUUGGAGAGAGAAAGUGGGAAUUUAUUUUCUGUGAGGGAUAGCAAGAAGGGCUCUGAGAGAAAUGGCCCAAGCGAGCAAAAUCUGCAGCAAUGGAGCUUCAAGUACCCAUAUUUUUCCUGACGUUUCCAAACCCAACAAACCCAGAUCCACGAAUUCAGUCUCAUUGAGGUCACAGUUUACGUCUUCCUCAAAUUAUAUGAGUUUGAAGCAUAAAAAUGGAGGUCUGGCUAAUUUUACGGUUGCUUCUAGGAACGUGGUUGGUCCUGUAAAGAUCUCAGCUUCAGUUGCCACGACAGAGAAGCCGUCAACGGUACCGGAGAUUGUGUUACAACCCAUCAAAGAAAUCUCUGGCACCAUUACGUUGCCGGGUUCAAAGUCGUUGUCCAAUCGGAUUCUUCUUCUUGCUGCUCUCUCUGAGGGUACAACUGUUGUCGACAAUUUGUUAGAUAGUGAAGAUAUCCAUUAUAUGCUUGGUGCAUUGAGAACCCUUGGUCUUAAUGUUGAAGAGGACAGGGGAAACAAACGAGCAACAGUGGAAGGUUGUGGCGGUCUGUUUCCUGUGGCUAAAGAAUCAAAGGAUGAAGUUCAACUGUUCCUUGGAAAUGCUGGAACAGCAAUGCGCCCAUUGACAGCUGCAGUUACUGCUGCUGGUGGGAAUUCUAGCUUUGUACUUGAUGGUGUGCCUCGAAUGAGAGAGAGACCAAUUGGAGAUUUGGUUGUUGGUCUUAAGCAGCUUGGUGCAGAUGUUGAUUGUUUUCUUGGCACAAACUGCCCCCCUGUCCGUGUAAUUGGAAAAGGAGGUCUUCCUGGGGGAAAGGUGAAGCUUUCUGGAUCAAUUAGUAGUCAAUAUUUGACAGCUUUGCUUAUGGCAGCUCCUUUGGCUCUUGGAGAUGUUGAAAUUGAGAUUAUUGAUAAACUCAUCUCCGUUCCAUAUGUUGAGAUGACCUUGAAGUUGAUGGAACGCUUUGGAGUCUCCGUCCAACAUAAUGGUAGUUGGGAUCGGUUCUUCGUUCAGGGAGGUCAAAAGUACAAAUCUCCUGGAAGUGCUUAUGUUGAAGGCGAUGCUUCAAGUGCUAGUUACUUCCUAGCUGGUGCUGCAGUCACUGGAGGGACCGUCACUGUUGAAGGUUGUGGGACAAGUAGUUUACAGGGAGAUGUGAAAUUUGCUGAAGUUCUUGAGAAAAUGGGUGCCAAAGUUACCUGGACAGAGACUAGCGUUACUGUUACUGGACCACGAAGAGAUGCUUCAAGAAGAGGACACUUAAAAGCCAUUGAUGUCAACAUGAACAAAAUGCCAGAUGUUGCCAUGACUCUUGCAGUAGUAGCUCUUUUCGCGGAUGGUCCCACUGCUAUUAGAGAUGUUGCAAGUUGGAGAGUGAAGGAGACAGAGAGGAUGAUUGCCAUUUGCACAGAACUCAGAAAGUUGGGAGCAACAGUUGAGGAGGGACCUGAUUACUGUAUAAUUACACCACCUGAGAAAUUAAAUGUGACGGCGAUCGACACAUACGACGAUCACAGAAUGGCCAUGGCAUUCUCUCUUGCUGCCUGCGGAGACGUUCCAGUUACCAUCAAUGAUCCUGGUUGUACCCGAAAAACAUUCCCUGAUUACUUUGAAGUACUAGGCAAGUUUACAAAGUACUGAAAUCUUACUACUAGACAAUUAUUCAGAUUUCAGAGAGAGAGAGAGAGAGAGAGAGAGAGAGAGCACAUCAUAGCAGCAUCUCCUUCUGUUACUACAAUCAAAGCAGUGUGGAGGGAAACCCUUGUUUCCUAUUUAAAUGCUUUGUAAAUUUGGUGAUUAUGUUUGCAUGUUGACCUCAUUGUUCCUAAGACUUUAUAGUCUUUAUUUCUCCUUAA